UAAUAUUUCAAUACAACCUUUUCGAUUUUUCCUAUAUAAACAAACGUCUUCUUCUCCUUCUUUUGUUUAUACAUAAACUCGUGUUUUCAUACUUCACAUUAAAAGGGAAAAAAAAGGUUUAUAAAGUGAGGAGAAAAAUAAUUAAAUUGAAGAUAAUUGCUUGUUAAAUCAAUUAAUCAUGAAUUCUAAAUCAGGAGAAGGGAAGAAAGUAUGUGUUACAGGUGCUUCAGGCUACAUUGCUUCUUGGAUUGUCAAACUCUUGCUUGAUCGCGGUUACUCAGUUAAUGCCACUGUUCGUAGUUUAAAUGAUCCAAAGAAGGUAGAUCACUUGAUUGCAUUGGAUGGAGCAAAGGAUAGACUUAACUUAUUCGAGGCUAAUCUCUUGGAGGAAGGCUCCUUUGAUGCUGCCAUUCAUGGAUGUGACGGUGUUUUCCAUACUGCAUCUCCUGUUAAACUUGAUGUUCCGAAUCCUCAAGCUGAACUAAUUGAUCCAGCAUUAAAUGGAACACUGAAUGUUCUAGAAACCUGUGCUAGGAUUCCAACCAUUAAACGCGUUGUUUUAACAUCUUCAAUGGCUGCUGUUCUGCUCACUGGUAGACCUCUGACUCCUGAAACUGUAGUUGAUGAAACAUGGUUUUCUGUCCCAGAAGUCUGCGAGAAACUACAAAUGAAGUGGUAUCUUCUGUCAAAGACAUUGGCAGAAGAAGCUGCGUGGAACUUUGCCAAAGAAUAUGGCCUCGAUAUGGUGUCGAUAAACCCUGCAGUCGUAAUAGGCCCUUUGCUGCAGCCAACAGUUAAUGCUAGUUCUUUUGCUGUGUUAAUCUUGGUAAACGGAUCAGAAACCUACCAGAAUGUAACCUUUGGAUGGGUUCAUGUCAAAGAUGUAGCUGAAGCACAUAUUCUAGCUUUCGAGGUUCCUUCAGCAAAUGGGAGAUAUCUGUUAAACGAAAGUGUUAAUCAUGUUUCAGAAGUUGUAAAAAUCUUAAAAGAGCUUUACCCUGAUCUCAAACUCCCAACCAAGCCUGCAGAUGACAAGCCUUUUGAUCCAACAUACAAGGUUUGUAAGAAAAAGGUUGAAAGCUUAGGCAUCAAAUACACUCCCCUGAAAACCAGCCUCAAAGACACUGUUGAAUGCUUGAUCGAAAAGAAGUUCAUUAGUGUUUGAUUCUGCCAUUUUAAGCUGUUCUGUAAAUGAGUAAAUCUGAUCAUCUAAUCUACUGUCAUAUUUUUUAUGUAUUACAUCUACAAUCGCGUCUAUAUAUAAUGUAGCAACUGCAAUUUGUAUUAAUGCCUUAUAUCCCAGAUUUCCUCUAUAUAUAUUGACAUCUGAAGGAGUUUUUAGAA